AUGCACAUUUUGCAAGAAACACCGGUGGGAUACGCACUCUUUAAAACUAUGCCAAUAGAAUUAGAAGAAGUAGUAAGAUAUGCAGAUACAUCAGAUGCAGUGAAGUCAAUGGAGGAUGCUUCAAAAGGCACACUUUCUAGUAGAAUAUUGAGUAUUCUUGUGGACAGAAAUGUAAAAACACUGGGACUAGCAAAUAGUAAGCUAGCAGACGUAAUUGAAGGCGCAUACAAAGAGAAGGAGAGCAGUGUAAGGCUUGUUGUAGGUGAAGAAGUAGAUGAGUGCAUUAAGGAAAUACACAGCAGACUCCCAGAACUCUUAAAUGUCACAGAGAAAGAACUCAGCAGAUGCUCGCUUCUACUAGCACACGCACUCUGCCGGGAGAAGUUGAAGAUGACCCCGCAGAAGAAUGACAUGGUAAUUGUGCAAAGCAUCAAAGUGAUUGACAGAUUAGACAAAGACAUAAACAAUAAGUGCAUGCGGAUUAGGGAGUGGUACGGGAUGCACUUCCCUGAGGUGGGUGAAUUAUUAGAGGACAACCACAAGUACUUAGAAGUACUCCAGAAGCACUUAGGAAAAGAGAAAGAUGAAUUUGCAAAUGACGGGUCAAUUUCAGAUGAAAUCAAAGCGUGCUUGGAGAAGACAAUUGGGGGAGAAAUAACAGAAGAGGACCAGGCACUAAUUAGAGAGUCUGUUGAAACUGUUUUGGAUAUGUUUGCAGCACGUGACAAAUUGCAUGAUCACUUGCACAGCAGAAUGGAGAGUGUAGCCCCAAAUAUGCUUGAACUACUGGGGGCCUUGCUGGGUGCCAGAAUUAUCUCGCACGCAGGCUCACUGACAGAGCUAGCAAGACAGCCUGCUUCAACUGUGCAAAUGAUGGGCGCAGAGAAGGCCCUGUUUAAGGCCAUGAAGGAGAAGAAGAACACGCCUAAGUACGGUAUAAUAUAUAACUCUACGUAUGUGGGGCAGGCCCCCAUAGAGAUAAAGGGACAGAUUGCCAGGACACUUGCCUCAAAGAUAGCCAUUGCCAGUAGAUGCGAUGCCUCUGGGGAGGAAGAGAAGGGUGACUACGGCGUGCGUGCCAGAGAGGAAGUGGAGAGAAGAAUCGCAGCCCUGACGCAAAGAAAGAAGAAGCAGCAGGCAUCUGCCCCACAGGCAGGCAAGUUCGCUAUGAAGAGACCAUCCGCAGGGCAGCACUCUUUCAAGAAACAGAAGUUCGCCAGAUAG